CAGGACCUUGCCAAGACGAAUCUUGCCUUCGUCUCUCCUGAGGACGAAGUUGCUCGGUGUCCUUAUGUGGAGAUCAACAAAUAUGUCUUCACGACCAAGCCAGAUCCUUCAGUGCAGCGGGGAAGCAUUGCCCUGAAUGGAAAUCAGAGGAUGGCCGCGAAGGUGUCAACUGGCGAAGCUAUUGGCGCAAGAGUGUUCCAGCUGCCACGGAGUAGGUUUGAAGUCACCCUGUUGACAGCCGAGAUCGGGGCAGUCACCAAAGGCAGGCCUCCUGAGGAGCUGCAUGCUGCCGAGAUCACAAACCACUUCAUCACGCGCUUCAGGGGCCAGGUCUUGGCAGUGGGUCAGAAGCUCACUUUUGAGUAUCAGGGAUUCACAUACAGAUUGGAGGCCUCCAACAUCCUAGUGCUGGAUGAUUCUACUGGGGAGCAGGUCUCAGAGCAGCGGGGCAUCCUGACUGACUCAUCUGCCUGCGUCUACAUUCCCGCAUCAGGUACCAAUCUCACAAUCGUGGGGCAGAGGAAUGUUGCGGCGCCACAGCUGUUCAAGGCCAAGGAGUUCAACUUUGAGAAGCUGGGCAUCGGCGGCCUGGACGACCAGUUUGAGCAGAUCUUCCGGCGAGCCUUUGCAUCGCGCGUGUUCCCUCCCUCUGUUGUUGAGAGGCUGGGCAUCCGCCAUGUCAAGGGCGUGCUUCUAUUCGGACCCCCGGGAACAGGAAAGACGCUGAUUGCCCGGCAGAUUGGAAAGAUGCUAAAUGGGAAGGAGCCCAAGGUGGUGAACGGGCCAGAGAUCCUCAAUAAGUAUGUCGGCGCCUCAGAGGAGAACGUCAGGAACUUGUUUAAGGAUGCAGAGGCGGAGCAGGCGGCCAAGGGGGAUGCGUCAGAGCUGCAUGUGAUCAUCUUUGACGAAAUCGAUGCCAUCUGCAAGCAGCGAGGCAGCGUGCAGAGCAGCUCCGGCGUGCAUGACACUGUCGUCAACCAGCUGCUGACCAAGAUCGACGGCGUGGACGCCCUCAACAACAUCCUCCUCAUCGGAAUGACCAACAGGCGCGGCCGUGCCCUUGCAGAAUACAUGAAGGACAUGUUGGAUGAGGCGCUGCUGCGGCCGGGGAGGCUGGAGGUACAGGUGGAAAUUGGGCUGCCGGAUGACAAGGGCAGGCUCCAAAUUCUCAAGAUCCACACAGGGAAGAUGGAGGCCAACUCGUUCCUGGGCAAGGACGUGGACUUGUGGGACCUAGCGCAGCGCUGCAAGAACUUCAGCGGCGCAGAGAUCGAGGGCCUGGUCAAGAGCGCCACCUCCUUUGCGCUCAACAGACAAGUCGACUUCACGGACCUCUUCAAGCCCAUCGAUGACGAGAACCUCAAGGUGUCGAUGGAGGACUUUGAGGCUGCACUAGCGGAGGUGAAGCCGGCGUUUGGGGCGGUGACAGAGGCGCUGGAGGAGUACCGGCUGAACGGCGUCAUCGAGUACAGCGAGACCUUCCGCCACCUCCUCGCCACCUGCCGCACCCUCGUCGAACAGGUGCGGAGCAGCGAGCAGACGCCGCUACUGACGUGUCUGCUGGAGGGCCCUCUGGGCAGCGGCAAGACGGCGCUGGCGGCCACCCUCGGCCUGGAGAGUGAGUAUCCCUUUGUCAAGGUCAUCAGCAGCGACUCAAUGGUCGGCUACUCCGAGGCCGGCAAGGCCCAGCGCAUCGCCAAGGUCUUCGACGACGCCUACCGGUCGUCCAUGUCGAUGAUAGUGCUGGACGACAUAGAGCGUCUGCUGGAGUACGUGGCCAUCGGGCCGCGCUUCUCCAACGCAAUCCUGCAGACGCUGUUGGUGCUGCUGAAGAAGCAGCCGCCCAAGGGCCGGCGGCUGCUGGUCGUGGGCACAACAUCCGCGCCGGCGGUCAUGGAGGACAUGGGCAUCGCGGCCACCUGCAACAUCUGCCUCAACGUCCCCGCCCUGCGCGAGGCCGACAUCCGCGCCGUGCUCGCCGCGCUGCAGGCCUUCGCUCCCCAAGAUUUGGAGGCUGCUGUGGCGUGCCUGGCAGAUGCAGAGGUGCCCAUGAAGCGGCUGCUGCUUCUGGUGGACUUGGCACGGCAGGGAGUAACGGAUGGGCAGUACAUACCCGUGCAGAGAUGGUCCCAAGUGCUCACAGACCUGUCGCUCUCUUGA